GCUCGAAUUCCGCGUACCUAGCUCUGAUUACGAACGCGCAUAUCCGUGGAACCAGAGCUGGUGAACCAGAGCAGCUUGAGGAGAUCUGAAGAUCCUUCUUCACCAUGGUCUGGGAGAGCUGUGCAGCGCACCUUUCCUUCUCCUGCAACCGCAAACUGUAAAUGCUUCCUACUGCUGGAAGAAUUCCAAAGAAGAAAGCAACAGUUGCUCCAUUCCUUCGUGGUUGUGGUUUUAGCGCUUAUUGUCAAAAGGGCGGGACCAGCAUAGCGGCUAUUUCAGCGGUCAAAUCAGGCAGUGCACGGUCGUCUGAGAUCAUUUGGAAAGGAGACGCUUCCAAUUCACAAAGCAGCAGCAGCAGCGAUGGCGCUGUCUACCUCGCUUGUGCGCACGGGCGCUAUCUUGUCAAAGCUGUCCAGCACGCGGCAUCCUGAUGCAGAGAGCCUUCCAAAGGCAGCAGAUCUGACAUUUCAGGGCAGCUGGACCAAGCCUGCUUUGCAGCGGCAAACACUUGCCCCAAGGGUGUCCCUCGCCCAAAAUCAGGUUACUCAGUUGCCUGAACCAGUGACACCGACCAGAGGGCCCGCUCAUAGGAGCACCAGAGAUAGCAGCAGCAAGGGCUCAGCCUCAGAUCAAGAGACUGCAGAAGCAAGACCUGGCGACGAGUUGUUUGCAACUGACAAGAGGCCAAUCGUGCUUUUUGAUGGCAUCUGCAACAUGUGCAAUGAAGGGGUCAAUUUCAUGCUUGACAAUGACCCCAAAGGCAAGCUGCGCUAUGCGGCCCUCCAAAGCGAAGCCGGCAGGACGCUGCUGAUACGGUCAGGGUUAAGGCCGGAUGACCAUUCGAGCAUGGUCAUGGUGUAUUCAAACAGAGCCUACACACACUCGGACGCUAUCCUGCACAUUGCACAGUGCUUGCAGUCACCUGUGUACAAGGGCCUGGGAAGCUUCGGCCUCUGCGUGCCCGAGUUUGCCAGGGACGCCGUGUACAGCGUGAUUGCAGCGAACCGGCAUAAGUUCAUGGGCGUGAGAGACACGUGUCGCUUCUUGGACGAGGAAGCCAUGGAGAGGUUCGUGAGUUAAACGGUGCAGCUUCUGUCUGGUUGCUAAUGAGACACACUCAGUCUGAGGCAACCAAACGAGCACACCUCCUUGACAUGUAUAGAUUUCACAUUUGAGGUCGAGGCAUUCUCGUCCAUGGCAGUCCUGUAUAGAUCAAGUUCCUUAGACGUUCCUCAGAAGGUAGGACUGUCUCUCAAAAAGAAUGUUCUCGCAGCGGCGAAUUGCUUGGUUGAGCUAGGAUAGGCAAGGGCAGACUGAGAGUCAUGGGUAGAUCAGCUUAGCACAUUUGACGUCAGGUCGGACGUGACAGAACUGCACACAGGUCUGUGCAGUUCCCCCAUGAACUGGAAUGCAUUCCAAAUCUUCGUCGAGAUUAAACAUCACAAGUACGUUAAGCAACUAUGCAUGCUCGCCAAGCCCGACUCUAACUUCAUUUGCCUCUCC